CAUAUCUCAGCCAGAAGAAUGUCAUUAUAUCAUCUUUGUUUUCCGAAGUCCGUCCCAUUCUGCCCACAUGACGUAAGCGUUAUCACCGUCAGGCAUCAAACAUUAAGAUGACAUUUCACCAGAAUAUCGGACUCAACCUACAGAUGUUACUCUUCUGGAUUUUUAUAUUUUUCUCGGCCCAGGUGAACCCUGAAAGUGAUUUCAGCUUCAGUGGUGUGAAACAUGCGGCCCGGAGGCUCAUUGGACGUUUUACUCUCAAUCAAACAUCGGGCGGGGACCCCGUGGGAUUAAAUAGGGAGCAGUUCCUCGUCUUCUUGGAGAAGACAACUCUGCAUUCACCGGAGUUCAUCGACGAUUUGCUCGGAGAGUGCAACAAUGAGGAUAAAAACUGUUCGUGGAAGACUGAGGUGAAUAGCGUCAUUAACAUUCUGCCGUCUGUGUCAAAGUGAAUGCAAGUGAAUGCAAUUAUUUACGACUGUUGCCCUGUAGCGAUAUUUGAGGCGGUUCUUGUUAAGUUAAUCGAGUGGUGUUUCAGUUUAGAUCAGUUGAGGACUUAUUCCUUCCAGAGUAAAGAUUUCGCAAACAUUUUGAAGUCCUAGGACACUCUAAUUUCCAAGACUAUUAAGUAAAUCAUUACCUCUGGUAUAUUAAGCUUUUAAAGUUUCAUUUUGAGGUUUUAAAAAAAAAUAUUUUUGCGUUUAAGAAAUGUGAAUCUUCUUCGUACGGUCAUAUGUUAUGAGAUAGACUCGCACUCUUGUAGAUUUUUUUUUCUACAGUUUGACAGUGAUCAUUUAUAUCUACUUGUUCUUCAAGUAGGAUUGUUCUGGGCUUCUAUUUUUAAUUAUUCUUAAAGACUUUCUAUCUACUCGCAUAUCUAUCUUUGUGCACGUGUAGAUGGAGAGUUUUUUUUUUUUUUUUACUAAGGUGACAUUUUAAGUUUCAGUCUUUCUCGUUCAGUGCUCACCUGGUGAACUGCUGGAGAGAACAUUUUUUUUUUUACAGUUUUACAGUUAUCAUUUUUAUCUACUUGUUCUUUAAGUAGGAUUUUUCUGGGCUUUUAUUUUUAAUUAUUCUUAAAGACUUUUUAUUUUCUCGCAUAUUUAUCUUUGUGCACGUGUAGAUGGAGAGUUUUUUUUUUUUUUUUACUAAGGUGACAUUUUAAGUUUCAGUCUUUCUCGUGCAGUGCUCACCUGGUGAACUGCUGGAGAGAACGAUGGGUCAACGGAGGCGGGUUGACACUGUCGCUCAAACUAGCGCGUUUGACCGCGUCUGCUUCGUUGAAUGAGCGGUUGGGUGGGUGAGCUGGGAUCUACUUUUUCGUUUUAUGCCUGGGGAAAAUGUUAAAUCACUUUGACCGCGAUUUUUAUAAGCAUUCGAUGUUUUAAAAAGGGAAAUUGUUCUACUUUUGUCGAUAAUUUAAAGAUUAGAAUUUUAAUAAUAAAGAGUCACAAAUAAAAAAUAAUAAAACAUAAUACUUUUGCAAAAAGACUAUCUGUUAAUGACUAGUCAAAACGCACUAUAAAGUAGAAGACAAUUGAAAAAUUUCUUAAAAUGCAUUACGCAAAGAAAGUCUUUGCAUGAAAAUUUAAUCCCAAAAAAAAGAAAGAAAUUUUUAAAAAAAAAUAUAUACUGUGUUUAGUCUUUAUUAAUUCUGAGGACUUUUGCUUCAUAGAGUGCCGAGCUACACAUCUGCACAGUCUAUCUUUGAGUAAUGCAUUUUAAGAUAUUUAAAUGCUAUUUUCUACUUUUUAGUCCGUUUUAAUUCGCCUUUGAAAGAAAUCAUUUUUUUUAAAACUUCUUUGUUUAUGUGUGUGCUUCUUUCUGGCUGGGUGUGUGGCAAAAUCUCAGGGCGUCUGAUUUAUCUACUUCCCGUCAACCUAUCGAGCUGAAACUUGGCAUUCUUACUCGUUGCCGAUGACAAAAUAUUCUAUCAAAUUUUCAAUCCCACCCGCUACCCCCGAAAUCAGUCUUUCUUAGUUUUUAUGGGGCAAAUGAAAGAAAUAUGAUGCCACUAAUUUCAAAAAUUAAAAUUUCCAAUAACUAUCCUAAAGGAGACUCUGUACAAAAAAAAAUUUUAAAUAUCGCCAGUGCGUUUGGUGCGUAAUAUUAUCUUGUGUUUUUCUGAAAUAGUUGGUGAAAUAAAUCGGUGGUGUAAACGCGGGGGCGACAUUAGAAAAUUAACAUAAAAUAAAACAAUUUAAAAAAAUACAUAUAAAGGAUUUAUACUUAAAAAUUUUGUUUUUAGAGUUUGUUUAGUUAGUAUUAAAAUAGUAACGACGGACCGGAUAUACAAUUCAUGUAAUACAAUAUGAGUAUUUUCUAUGUCACUAAAGCACAAACAUAAUGUGUAGGAUAAUUUUUCAGUAUCUUUAAAAAAAAACUUUGUCCACAUAGGAAGACACCAAAAGGGGGAAAAUAUUACUCGUUUAGCAGAGCUCUCUCGAGACUGUUUCAUGGUAGUUAAGUAUAAGAAAUAGUAGAAAAGGGUAUGUUAUGCUUGAAUAAAAAGACUGGACAAUAAUAUUUGAACGUUUCGGCUUAGAACCUUCUUCGGCGAACAAUACAAAUAGAUGCAAGACAAGUAACAGAGCACAGCAAAAUCAUUACCAAAUCAUUAAGUAUAAGAGCAGGAUUCCGCCAGAACAGGGUGUCACGAGAACAGCAUGGUGCCACCAGAAUAGGGUGUCAUCAAAACAAUAUGCCCCCAGAUUAGGCUACCACCAGAGCAGGAUGUCAUCUGGCCAGGUUUCCUGCAGAGAAAGCAGUUUCGAAGAAGGGUUACGGAAAAGUCUAGAAAGGGUGAUACCACAAGUGACACCACAUUGGGUAACGCCAGCCCCAGGGACGCCACUACCCACAGAACACUUGUCCCAGCAUCCUGUCCAAUCCAAUUUUAAAAUGAUUUCCGUUAGUGUUCAAUACCAUCGGCGUCACUCAUCUGUCGGAAUUCUUCAUUCACGAGUUUGGCGCUUUUAGCAAGCAUGACCAAAUCAUUAAAAAUAAUAUUUACAGAGAACUAUUUCAAACCUUCAAAAAAAGUUUUAAGUACAAACACAUUGUUUACGGGCGAAUUAUUCAAAAUCUAACUUUCUUAUCACUAUGGAGCUAAAGCAAUUAAAAUAUCCCUUAAACAGUACAUAAAUCUAUACCAUAUGACGCAAAUCCCAGCCUUUAGCGUUAGCCUAUUGCCCGGCGCUGACAUCAGUGUUUGAUAGCUUCAACUAGUGAUCACACGUCUUUAACAAAGGCAAGAAACAAAAAAAAAAAUUCACUCAUGCUGAGAAUUCUAGUUUCUGUUUCACUUCAAAUACCUUGCAAAAAAAUUAUUCAAUAUUUUAACGGAAUUCUAUAUUUAAAAAUAAAAGAAAGAAAGAACGAUUAUGUAAAGUCUUGUGAUGUCACAUUGUUACGGGCGGUUCGUAAAUUUGUGGAAUAUUUUCAGCACUGCUUGGAUUUUAAGUUGAGAAGUUUUUUCACAUAAAAUUGGGAUCAACUGUUGCUGCAGUGUAUUUAACUUUAAAAAAUAAUAGCCCUUGUUGGCAGGCCAUGACAUACCGAAUAUAUUGGAUACUUUACUGAAAAGGGUGGGAGGGGGGCAUUUUUAGGGGGAGUUCGCCCCCCCCCCCCCAUUUCGUCCACGUUUGUUUUUGCACAAACCCGCAACAAGAAAUUUAUUUGAACUUAUAAAGUUUGCGUAACAGAAUUUAUCCAAUUGAAUAAUUGUGUACGCAAACAGACGUAUUCCAAAAUGGCGGUGACACUUUUCAAAGCGAGGCGUCAUUUCCGUCGUCGGCCUGGCUGCUAUAGAAAUGACGUCAUAGCACAUCACGUGACUUUUUGCCUAAUGUUUACAAAUGAAAGUGUCAGAAGGAAAAUACUAAUAAUAGCUUCGUAAUGUUGUUUGCUGUGACGUCCCACACAAGAAAUGCUUAGUUAGCAUUUGAUAACUAGAUUUUACCCCCUUUUAAAUAGAAACAAUAAAUCUAUUUUUAAGUUUGAAUAGCAAACUCAGGGACUCAGAAACGCCAUACGGAUCUAAAAGCCAGGCGUUCAAUCCGUUGUGAACUUUAUUUGCACUAUUUACAGCCGCCCAAUGUUUGGGGGUCAUAGAUUGAAGACAUGACUGCCUACAAACCUUUGACGCACGCUCAUAUUUCUCGCCUUAGCUUUAGGACAAUGUUAUUUGCACUUAGGAGCACUGACAUGGCCCAGGACCUACAAGUGUACUGACAUGGCACAGCACUUACAGGAGUACGGACCUGGCACAGCACUUACACGAUACUAACAUGUCCCAGCAAUUACAGGAGUACUGACCUGGCUCAGCAAUUACAUGAGUACUAACAUGUCCCAGCAAUUACAGGAGUACUGACAUGACCCAGCAAUUACAGGAGAACUAACAUGGCCUAGCCAUUACAGAAAAACUGGCAUGACUGAGCAAUUGCAGGAGCACUUCCAGGAGCACCGCUAUGGCCAAGCACUUACAAAAGCACUAGCAUGGCCCAGCACCUACAUUUAAGAACAACCCAGGAUGGGCAGCUCUACAUUUUCACGUAGAUGCCAUCAACGGAUCUGUCACACAUGACUGAACGAAACUUUAACAACACAUGAAAUGGUUUUAAACUGUAAGCAUUGAAUGUUUAAAUACGAUUAAAGUUUCCGAGAAAGAAAUCUGGCGUCGCAUCAUUCAAUGUUGCUAGGGAAUGUGCGGUGCCCCGAGAACAAGUUGAUACUGUAAAGUGAGCGAAGAUUCUAGCGACGACACAGUUUUGACGUGCGCGAAGUCAGAUAGGACUGCACUAACUGUGUUUGCAAGUCACCGAGUCUACGUCAGCACUAACUCUGCGGAUGGCAUUGUCAUCGCUGUCUACUUUACCUGUGAAAGACCCUGUUUUGACUUGUGCCAAGUCAGAUAUGACUGUACUAACGAUCUUUGCAAGUCACUGAGUCUACGCCAGCAAUCACGUACUCCGUGGAUGGCGUUGUCAUGCUGUCUACUUUACCUGUGAAAGACCCUGUUUUGACUUGUGCCAAGUCAGAUAUGACUGCACUAACGAUCUUUGCAAGUCACUGAGUCUACGCCAGCAAUCACGUACUCCGUGGAUGGCGUUGUCAUGCUGUCUACUUUCCCUGUGCACAUAAAACCUUACUUUAUCCCUCUCCCCUCAGCUUUAUCUCUAGUAACCCAAGCGAAUCGUUUUUUUUUCAAUACCCCAAAAAAUCAACUUUACUCAAAGACAUGUUAUGGUUACAGCGUGGUGUCAGCUCGGCAAGACGUGUGAGACAUUGUUAAAUCGAGAAAAUAAAUGUAUUAAUCUUAUUUACAUUGGAGUGAAUCGAACCAAAGGUGGCAGAGAUUAUUUUUAUAAUUUUUUAAGGAAGAGUGGGAGGAAUGGGGCCAAGUCUCUAAAUUUGUCCAGCUGUUUAGGAAGCGAGCCAUUAGUUAAGUUUGUACAAAAGUUAAUUACAGAAUUAACAGUGGAGACGUCUCUAAUUUUUUUUCCCAACUGUUCAUAAGGCCAGUCCUUAGUAAGGUUUAUACAAAAUAUACGCACAGAAUUAAUAAUGGGACGUCUCUAAAUUUGUCAAACGGUUCAGAAAAUAGAGACUAUACAAAAGUUCCGUACAGACCCAACAGUGGCGUUGGAUGACGUGUUUAGAAAAAAAGGAUGAUUUUAACAUCCACAUCCAAGUAAAGAAUAGAAUACGCACGCAAAUUAUAAAGUGUCAUUGUCCUUAUAGCUUACAGGCCAUAAAAGCUCUUGUGACGUCGUCGCCCCCCCCCCCCCCCCCCCCCCCCCCCUCCAUACUAUAAACGUCUAUUUAACUGCCAUCUAUCUUAUUAAGGCGUUAGGGGUAAAUAGAGAUAAGUUAUUUUUGAAAACUUUACAGUACGGGGGGGCAAUAAUGUGCGUAUACAAACUGGUCGCCAACGUUGGACAAGUAUCGGGGAUAAAAACAGCACCACUCAGCUUUGCCAUCUUCAAACCUUCCAAAAUAGCACAAUAAUUUAUGGCUCCAUGACCUACAAAUGCGUUUACCCAUCUUUAAUAAGUAAGUACGUAGGUUCUUAUAAAUACCCCAGACAGUCCAGGGGAAUGUCCCACUGUUUAUUUGUGAGGGGGGAUAGAUUACAUUUCAGAUCAUAGUGAACGAUAUCAUUGCUAUAAUUGUGAAGCCUUCGUAGGAUGCCAGCGCUUGUAUCCGUUUUUAAAAAUCAUAGCUUUACAGAAUAUAUUAAAUAUAAUUGCUCCUGAUUAGACGCCUUACCAUGAGGAAGCUGGUAUUUCUCAUCGCUGUUGUGUUAACUUUCGAGGUGAAGGCCGGCAGGGCCGAUAAUCAAACACAGGCCGUAGGUGCUGCGGAGCUGCUCAUCCGGAGGUACGCGUCGGACGGAAGUGCGGACAAAGAUGUGGGACUGAGUGCUGAAGAGUUCGCCGUGUUCUUGGAAAAAUCCACGUCGCACUCGGCCGAGUUCAUCGACAGUUUGGUUGGAGAGUGCAGGGAGCAGCAGACCAACUGCUCGUGGAGAGAUGAGGUGAAUUUCCAAUUUGUGACCACGGUGAUCAGUCUGAGUUGUGUUUGAUGAACCAGGGUAGUUUCCGUGUCUUUGCCUAGGUAGUUAGUCACGUGUGUAGUAGUAUGGGUUUGUUGCCAGGAAAGACUUCCGUAGCCGAUUGCGGUUAAAACCUCCAUAACUUUAUUGUUAACUAGCAGAAUCUUUACGUAUGUUACAUUGUUAUGGUUUAACAAUUUACCUAUAAUAUAUGCGGGACUGCGUGCAACACAUAUAGAUUAAAGAAAUAUUUGAACAAGACUAGGCAUGAAAAUCAAAGACAAGACAGUUAAGCGGACGUCUCGACUCAAAGCCCUCUUCAGCAGGCAUUUACAAUACAAUAAACAACAGGGAUAUUUAAAUAUGUUGUUCAUAAAAGGGAUCUGAGAGCUCAAGAGUUGGUUUUUUUUUUGUCUCCCACUCCAGCAAAGCAUCUAACAUAAUGCUAUAUCAUUUUUUUUUAAAAGGUACACCAUCAAACAAAUAACUCCGUCAUUUAACAGACAACUAUGCCAUUGAACACACAACUCCGUCUUUUAACAUAAAGCCAUGUCAUUAAGCACACAACUCCCUCAUUAAACACACAACUGCAUAAUUAAACAGAACGCUAUAUCUAUGAACACACAGGUAUAUAUUAUUUAACAUCGGUAUUUCAUUAAACACGCAUCUAUAGCAUUGAUCAAGAAGCUAUUUUCUUCAACAAAGGCUAUAUCAUUAAACACGCAACUUUAUUAUUAAACAUACAUCUACCUCAUUAAACACAUAGCUACAUCAUGAAACACACAGCUACGUUAUUAAACACACACAGCUACGUCAUAAUACACACACAGCUACGUCAUUAAACACACGCAGCUACGUCAUUAAUGAUACAGCUACUACAGAAAUACCAUUAAGCCACUAGCUUUGCCAUGGUGUACAUAUAUCAAUUGAUUCAUUUCUUGCCCAGUGUCCUGGUAUCCCGGAAAUAUUCAACUCGCUGGCCGUGGAUGGCCGACUGUCCACGCAGGCUUUCAUUGAAGCACUUCCAGUGGCCUUCGGUACCCUCAGUUCUGAGAAUUGUUCGCAAGGGGCUCAGGAGAUUUCCUACCACGUCAGGAUUAAAGAAAGGCCAACAAUGGCCGAAGGUAAUGAUAAAUCGGUUUUACUUCAAAUUAAUAGCUGCUCAAGAAUGGGGUGGGGAUCACUAGUGAUUCAUUUCGGGCAAGUUUGAAGACUUGAUUAGUUAUAAUUACUUUUCGCUCACAUUCCAAAGUUGUUUUAUGUAAUCUUUCCUGUGAAUAAUUAUUAAUAAACGAAGCACUACGCUCUAGCUGUGUGGAAGCUUGAAUCGAAAUACGGGACAGUAACAGAGGAAGGCUCUUAGUCUUAGCCGAAACGCUCUUCUGUUACUGUCCCGUCUUUCGAUUCAAGCUUCCACAUAAAUUGCUUCUACUAUUUCCUCAAAUAUUCUUCCUUACUUUUCCAAUAAUGUUCCGUAACUUUCACAUAUUAUUCUUCAGUAACUUUCAAAUAAUGCUCCGUAACUUUCAAAUCUUCUUCCGUAACUUUCAAAUAUUCUUCGGUAACUUCCAAAUUUUGUUCUGUAACUUUCAAAUAUUGUUCCGUAAAUUUCAAAUCUUGUUCAGUGUCUUACAAACAUUGUUCCGUAACGUUCAAAUAUUCUCCUCUUUCAGCCUGGGGUUACAGCAUCGGGUUCGUGUCUUGCAUCAUCCUCAUCUCCAACAUCGGGGCGUGCCUGGGACCCAUCAUGCAGAGGAGGUUCUUCAAGCGCCUGCUCCAGUUUCUGGUUGCCAUGGGGGCGGGCUCUCUGGUGGCGACCAGUUUGUUGGUGUUGAUACCUGAGGUGGGUUUCACCUGACGCCCUAGAAGGUCAGGGCCGUGGGAGAAGAUCAUUUGUGAUUACAAAGCAGACCCCUGGUGCCCCGGCGGUGCUCUUCUGUGUGCUGAACACUCGACGGUAGCGCCUAGCAAUAGUUGAACACUCGACGGUAGCGCCUAGCAAUAGCUGAACACUCGACGGUAGCGCCUAGCAAUAGCUGAACACUCGACGGUAGCGCCUAGCAAUAGCUGAACACUCGACGGUAGCGCCUAGCAAUAGCUGAACACUCCCUGAACACUCGACGGUAGCGCCUAGCAAUAGCUGAACACUCGACAGUAGCGCCUAGCAAUAGCUGAACACUCGACAGUAGCUCCUAGCAAUAAGUUCAUCUGAACGUAAUGAGGGUGGUCGCCUCAAGAGAGAAAGUAGACGAGAACAAAAUUUGUGUAAAAUUAAACAGUGUGGCUUGGAUUCAUGCAAAUCUUAUGUUACUACCCGAGUCUCUAGAAUGCACCAAAUAUCUCUAGAUGGUUUAAAAUAUAUUGAAAUUUAAAAUAAUCUCAUGAGCUUAGAUUUUGUAAGACCUAUAUUGAUUUCGCUGUGUUUAUUAAUUUCACAAUUUUCAAUGUGUUUAAAAUUUUCACCAUUGUUCAUUGUGUUUAUAAAUGUCACUGUUUUCGCUGUGUUUAUAAAUCUAUGUGUUCGCUGUUUUUAUAAAUGUCAAGGUUUUCGCUGUGUUUAUAAAUGUCAAGGUUUUCGCUGAGUUUAUAAAUGUCACUCUUUUCGCUGUUUAUAAUGUGUGUGUUCGCUGUUUUUAUAAAUGUCAAGGUUUUCGCCGUGUUUAUAAAUGUCACUGUUUUCGCUGUUUAUAAAUGUAUGUGUUCGCUGUUUUUAUAAAUGCCAAGGUUUUCGCUGAGUUUAUAAAUUAUGUUACCGUUUCCGUUGUUUGGGACUGGACUAAACGUUUUAAUCUCUGCAGGCGUUCGACCUGAUGUCCAUCGAGGAGCUGGGCAAAGACUACCUCUGGAAGGCAUCUGCAGCUGUGCUAUCCAUAUUUAUUUUCUUUAGCCUCGAGAGGGUUCUCAAAACUUUGCGACAUAUGAACAAGGUAAAACAAAAUUUCCGUUUUUUAAAUAUUUUUUAAUUCUUUUUUUUUUAUUUUUAUUUUUAUUUUUUUUAUUUAUUUUUUUUAGGUGAAGUGGGGGCCGGGUGGGGGCCGGGGGUGUUGUACAUUAUUAGAAUUAAAGUUUACUGUCUGGUGAGUCUGAAAAUCCAGUGCAUGAGGAUGUGGUUGAACGAUGGUUGAGCUUGGUGGAUUGCGGUGGAGAUGUUGUGACAAAAGGAGGCGAUCAGUUGAGUCAUGACAUCAGAGGGUAAAGUAAUCGGUCAUUCCAGUCACGCAGAUAUGCCAGAAGGUAUUUUAAUGAAAACUACAAAGUAGGAAAGGCAUAAAACUUGACAUUUGAUUGACAUAUGGCAGUCUACACUAUAUUGACAUACAAACUCGACAUUUGAUUGACAUAUGUAUGUCUACGCUAUAUCUUGACAUAAAAACUCGACAUUUGAUUGACAAAUGACAGUCUACGGUAACCUAACAAUUGCACGCCGACAUUGGAUGGCGCUACGGUAGUCUACGUUUUUCUGACACAGAAAAAAAUUAAUGAAGUUAUUUAUUUCUUAUUUUAAAACUUUGAGUAUACCAAAAAAGAAUAUCCAAACUCAAUUUCUUUUGACGCAGCAGAGAAAAUGUUAGAAUUUCUUUUCUUUUUUUUUUCCCUCAAGCAAACAAAAAAUCCUUUAGUUUUCAAUGUAAAUCUAUAUUAACAAAGUGUUUUAACAAAUUUGAGAGAAACUUUGCAUAUCUGAAUAUCAUUGUAUUGCACGGACUGGGUUGGACUCCUAGGCAGUCUUGCAUAAUGAAAACGAAAUAUUUUUGUUCUCUAUAGAACUCUUAAAAUUACGGUGAAAUGUUUGUGUCUUAUUCGUGACCAAAUUUUUUUCUGUCCCCCCGUUGAUGGUAGAAUUGGUGAGCGAACGACGUAUUUUGUCUUCUUUGGAAGUUUUGACGUUAGAGCAGACACGUGCUGUCAGCUAGAGAAGUCUUAUGUUUAACUGAUUGUCUCGUGUCUCCUAUUAGAAGCCCGAGAAACCAAGGCACAACAUGUCAUUCAAAGUGGACCCUCCCGGCGAGAAGGAAAGCUUCCCGUUAAACGAUACGACGGAUCGCGAGGUCAUCCCGGACCACGGUCACUCCCACGACUCGGACAAACAGUCCCUGGCCUGGAUGAUCAUGGCAGGGGACGCUAUCCACAAGAUGGUCGACGGGCUGUCCAUCGGGGCCGCCUUCACGGAGGACCUCACGCUCGGCAUGAGCAUAUCGAUCGCUAUCUGUUGUGAGGAGGUGCCGCAUGAACUGGGUACGUCUCUUACAAAACUCUGUGAUACCGCUGCCUGAUAAUUGUCCGAGUUCGAAAUUAAGCGGUGAAUUAAUUUUUUUUAAAUUGUUUUGGAAAAUAUCAUGGUUUGACCUUUUUACACUGACUAGCAGAGGCUCCGCCUUCGGUUGUAUUUACUGUCACGGGGCGUCAUGCAGGGCCGGCGCUAGGAGGCUGCGGGGGCUUGGGCAAAUGAAUGUUUCGGGGCCGUUGACGUUGUAUACUCCGCCGAUAGGACAUUAAGACACUUUGUAGUCGUACUGGGGCCUUGCUGGUCAUAAUGGGACGCGUCAUAGGAGGUAUUUGUGCACUCGCUUAGUUUCCGAAUAUUGUGUCUACUGGAUUAGGAACUAUUUGUAAGUGUAGGUAUAUGAAAAAUAUACUAUGGCAACUCGCGGGGCCCAGCAAAUGCGGGGUCUUGGGCGGUCGCCCACUUCCCCAUCCCCUAGCGCCGACCCUGCUUCCUGUUUGCAAUAUAAGAAACUUUGAGAACAGUCUGCGAAAAGCGACAUCGGGGGGGGGGCAGUGGUGGGGCAUAUCCCUUUUGAAGCAACGCCGUACGUCCCCGCACAGUGACACACCGCGGUGCGUCCAUCUUCUGAGUGAUCACGUGUUAGUUGUGUCUCGGUGAAUUUCUGACGGAAAACAGACACGUGCCAUUGCAUUAAACAUUUUCUCAUCCCAAACACUUUCCCUUACACCGCCCUGAUUUCCGGAUCCUGGCGUUUCCUUAUCGCCCGAAAUUCGUUUCUCCCACCCUACACAAUCUCAGGAACACAUCCUUCUGGUAACUGCAGACAUCGUAUCACUUUUGACAUCGCUUUGCUGCGAUAAGGAUUAUUAACUUUCCAUGACCUUUACAAAUACUAACGACAAAUUAUAAAUUUUACGGAAAACAUGAAUCUAGUUCCCGGAAGGUCUUAUGGGCCGAAUUAAUCGUUUCAGGGGGGGGGGGGUCAUUUGUGACACACUGGCCAAACAUUGGCGACCCCCCUGAUCCAUUACCUUUUUUAGUAAUGCUUUUAAAAAAAUGUAACUUCUGCAUUUGCUCGUUAAUUUUUUAUGUAUACCUUUUAUUUACCUCUAAAAUACUAACGACAAAUUAUAAAUUUUACGGAAAACAUGAAUCUAGUUCCCGGAAGGUCUUAUGGGCCGAAUUAAUCGUUUCAGGGGGGGGGGGGGUCAUUUGUGACACACUGGCCAAACAUUGGCGACCCCCCUGAUCCAUUACCUUGUUUAGUAAUGCUUUUAAAAAAAUGUAACUUCUGCAUUUUCUCGUUCAUUUUUUAUGUAUACCUUUUAUUUACAUCUCUUUUUUUUUAGAUUGUUUCAUUUCCUUUAAUUUAUGUUUUGAGUGCAUCCGCGAUUUGAAUUCACCCUCUCUUACUCAACAGCCGACAUCGCCAUAUUGCUCCACUCUGGACUGUCCAUCAAGCGGUCCCUCUUCGUCAACUGCCUGUCAGCACUCAUGUGCUAUGUGGGCCUCGUCGUGGGCGUCCUCCUGGGCACCACAACCAUGGAGGCCACAAAGUGGGUGUUCGCCGUGGCCGGGGGCCUCUUCUUGUACGUGCCCAUGGUGGAUAUGGUGAGUUGGGACGGGGGUGGGGGGGGUGUAGUCGUUUGGUUAAGCUUCUUUUAUGUUUACGUUUAACUGAUAGGCCUGGUGUUUAGAUGCUGCACGUUUGGAUUUAAGGUGUGGUGUGGCUGGAUUAUAUUAAGAUGUGGCGUGAUUGGAUUAAGAUGUGGCGGUAUUGGAUCAAGCUAUUGUGUGGGAUUGGAUUAAGAUGUGACGUGACUGGAUUAAGAUGUGGCGUGACUGGAUUAAUAUGUUACGUGACUGGAUUAAGGUGUGACGGAUUGGAUUAAGAUGUGGCGUGACUGGAUUAAGAUGUGACGUGACUGGAUUAAGGUGUGGCGUGACUGGAUUAAGAUGUGGCGUGACUUGUUUAAGAUGUGGCGUGACUGGUUUAAGAUGUGGCGUGACUGGAUUAACAUGUGGCGUGACUGGAUUAAUAGGUGACGUGAUUGGAUUAAUAUGGGGGGAGGCGGCAUUCGAUUAAGCUAUUGCCUGAUUGGAUUAAUAUGUGACGUUAUUGGAUGACGGCGUUGACACGAGUGGGGGGGGCUACAAAUUGUAGGAUGGGGUUAGGCCACUGGUAACAUCAACUUUUAUUGAUUUAUUUAACGUAUUCUCCUUAAAUCAACAUAAUAAUGUUGGGGCCGUUUGACUUAACUAGGAAAGCAUUCGAUUAAGCUAUUGCCUGAUUGGAUUAAUAUGUGACGUUAUUGGAUGACGGCGUUGACACGAGGGGGGGGGGCUACAAAUUGUAGGAUGGGGUUAGGCCACUGGUAACAUCAACUUUUAUUGAUUUAUUUAACGUAUUCUCCUUAAAUCAACAUAAUAAUGUUGGGGCCGUUUGACUUAACUAGGAAUGUGACUUUACGUAGGAAUGUGACUUUACGUAGGAAUGUGACUUUACGUAGGAAUGUGACUUAAGUAGGAAUGUGACUUUAAGUAGGAAUGUGACUUUAGGUAGGAAGUGACUUUAAGUAGGAAUGUGACUUUAAGUAGGAAUGUGACUUAAGUAGGAAUGUGAUUUUAAGAAGGAAUGUGACUUAAGGUAGGAAUGUGACUUUAAGUAGGAAUGUGACUUAAGUAGGAAUGUGACUUUAAGUAGGAAUGAAUCUGUUCUUUUCAUUUCCACACCCGGGUGACUCUUGUCAACGUUUCCUUCUCCCUCAGCUCCCAGACAUGAGCAACCACCUGGACUUGCUGCUGGCGCGGGGCGGUACCGAGGCCAGGGUAGUGGCCUUCCUCCACACGGUCGGCCUGCUUCUCGGGGCGGGCAUCAUCCUGCUAAUCGCCAACCUCAGUGAAUACAUCGUUGUCUAAUCUACAUUACAUCGCCAACCUCAGUGAAUACAUAGUUGUCUAAGCUACAUUACAUCGCCAACCUAAGUGAAUACAUAGUUGUCUAAGCUACAUUACAUCGCCAACCUCAGUGAAUACAUAGUUGCCUAAGCUACAUGACAUCGUCAACCUCAGUGAAUACAUCGUUGUCUAAGCUACAUUGCAUCGCCAACCUCAGUAAAUACAUAGUUGUCUAACCUACAUUGCAUCACCAACCUCAGUGGAUACAUAGUCAGUGAAUACAUCGUUGUCUAAUCUACAUUACAUCGCCAACCUCAGUAAAUACAUAGUUGUCUAAGCUACAUUGCAUCGCCAACCUCAGUGAAUACAUCGCUGUCUAAGCUACAAUACAUCAUCAACCUCAGUGAAAACAUAGUAGCGUUGUUUAACAUUGCAUCAAAUAUUUUAGCUUACCUUCUGCAAACUAAAGUAUUCAACAAGACUAUUCUGACUUUAAAACAUGAUUGCAAAGGAAUUUAACAAAAAUUGAUCAUGACUUUUAAGUUUCACUCCGGGUUUCUGGAGUUACAAUAUAUCAUUAAAUAUUCGGCACCAAGACAAUUCCUACAGCAAGGAGAAUCUGUGAGUGUUGUAUUGACAAUCACAAUGUGAUGAUGUGCCAUUGUUCACUACAGCCGGAAACAUUCGUGGCAAACACAAUGUGAUGAUGUGCUAUUGUUCACUACAGCCGGAAACAUUCGUGCCAAUCACAAUGUGAUGAUGUGCUAUUGUUCACUACAGCCGGAAACAUUCGUGCCAAUCACAAUGUGAUGAUGUUCUAUUGUUCACUACAGCCGGAAACAUUCGACUCGGUACUCUAGGCUCUACGUCUCCAGUCAUUUACAGCAGCGUUCCCCAAACCGUGGUCUACGGGCUGGCACCGGUCCCUCGUGCAGUUUCGAGACCUAUCCACCGGUCCACCAGCCUUAAAAGUUUGGGAAACGCUGAUCUACAGCAAGGCGUUUAAAGGGCCAGGACUUGUCGGCAUUUAUGUAUAAUCCUAAAAUGUAUAGACAGUAUAUCAAUUCCUCGACAGGCUAUCCAACAAUUUGCCUUAAUCUCUGCCUCACUAAACUGCUCCCCUUCUCUCAGUUUCUUCUCUGCUCUUUGCCUCGCUGCUCCUCUUCUCUCCAUUUCAUCUUUGAUCUUUGCCUCACUGCUCCCCUUCUCUCCAUUUCAUCUUUGAUCUUUGCCUCACUGCUCCCCUUCUCUCCAUUUCAUCUUUGCUCUAUGUCUCACUGCUUCCAUUCUCUCCAUUUCAUCUUUGCUCUUUGCUGCCCUUCUCUCCAUUUCAUCUCGUUACUCAGCGUCUCAUAGACAGCCUGCUAAAGUUCUAAUAUCCUAGAUCUUGACCUCGUUAUCGAGGUUAUUGCUUUUCAUCUAUAAAUCAGAUCAUAGUUAAGGACCAGGGGAAAAAAGUGGGCGGGGGGGGGGAGCACAUUGGUCUAGAUAUAUAGACUGUUCUUUGUUCUUCUGUCACAGAUGUAAACAAAGAACACUCUGUGUAAACCCGGUUGUCAUUCAUUGCAUCAGGAUGUCACCGUUGUUUUUGUUACCGGUACUUGUACAUGUAAAAAAAAAAAUAAUAAUGUCAUUUUCUUUGUUUUGAAAUCUUUGCACCUGCUACCGUUUUCCAAUAUAUUUAUGUAUAGCAUCUGUAUUUACUGUGUUACUAACAGUGUUACUACAAAUGAGGAAUUUAUAUUCGCACGGAUUGCAAUAAAAACAAAUAACUGAUAUACAA